AUGAACGGAUCAUCGAUUCAGAUCCCUUCCGCCGCCGGCCCCCAGUUCACCAUGUUCCCCAAGCUCCCCCUGGAAGUACGAGUCCUGAUCUGGAGACAUGCGAUGGAAAAUAUUGGGUCUCGACUAGUGAACUCCACCUUAAAAGAACCAAGCAAUACUGUCCCAGGGGUUCUGCAGGCAUGCAAGCUCAGCCGUAAAGAGGGUCUGAAAAAGUACCACCGCUGUGGAGUUUGUCUUGGCUGGUCAGGCGAAACAUAUGCUUACUUCAUCAGCUAUGAUACCGACAUGUUGGUUCUCGACGUCCCAUCUGGAGUUGAACCGUACAUGCUCGAAAUGAUUGACGACAUGAAGUGUGGUGACGUUCCUAUUACCUUGACCCAUAUGAAUCAAUGGAAAUUCCUAAAGGUAGAGAAACUUCAGCGCCUGGUGGUGGGCUGGGACUACUGGAGAUGGCUCUGUAAGAGCGCGGCCCGUGAGGGGAAAUUUAGGGAUGUGGUUGCUGAGGACCAUGGCUCUAGUGAGAUUAAUUCAGAUGAUGUGUUUGGUUCGGGUACUGUAGUAGAGAUAAAAAUAGCAACUGGGAAGGAAGCUAUUAGAGUUCUCUAA